AUGGCGCGAGAGAAAUGGGGAGUGAUCGAAGGGCGGGAGGACAUCAUGGUUAUCAUUGCUCAGAAGCUCGACGGCCCUUCCUUUGCUCGGCUAGGCAUGUGCUGCAAAAACCUCUCGUCCUUUGCUGAUCGCGACAGCAUCUGGAAGAGCUUCAUGCCGGCCUUUUGGAUGGCGACCAAGGUUCAGCCAAUAGAGGAUACGUUGAACCGCGAAUGGUUGAAGCCGUACAAGAACUGGAAAAGUCUCUGUAUAGCAUAUUAUAGCUACUUGAGAGCUUUGCCGCGGCAAUACAUUGACAUGACUUUGCUGUACGACAAAUUUCUGUGCCUGAAUCAAGCGGUUUUUGCAGAUAUCAUGUUAUCGAUGGCGAUGAUCACGCGAGCAGAAGAUGGACAGUGCUGGCUCCUGCUAUCCUGCCUGAACGCGUUUGUUAUAAGAGAUAUCCAAAGGGCAAUCUAUCUGACAGAUUAUGUCACAUCAUGGAUCUGUGGGCACAUCAAGAGGAAGGAAACUUGGACUAAAUGCAGUAGGGCGUGCACAACAGAGAUUUGUUCGCUCGCCGAAUUCCUGGCUGUUGUCAGUUUGUCGAAGAUUCUCAGGGGACAUGCAAAAUACUUGGAUCGUGAUUUCUUUCCCAAUGUAGAAGAAUCAAUGGCUCAAAAACAAGGUGGAGUAUCAGCAACUGAAUACCAGCAGUGUCAACUGCUGCUGCUUCAAUUGGGUGCGGAGCAUGAAGCAAUGUUCUCUAAUCUGAAGGCAAUCCUAGAUUUUCAAGGACCGCACUUCGAUCCAAACAAAUACACAGCUCUGGAUUGGGAUGAGCUUCCCAUGAUCUACUUCGAAUGCUUCUUUGAUAUGAUCGAUGUGGCAAGGUAUGCCGCCAAGCUGAUCAAAACCGGACAGAAACAAAAUGAAGUAUUCAAGAUGUGCACUCGCGUCCGAGCAUUGGAGCCAAUCCUCCUAAUCAUGGCUCCUGAAUGCGAGGGACAUCUGUGGGGAGACCUGGCCUAUGUUUGUAUGCAUUUUGGCAGAGACAGAGAUACCAUCUAUUGUUGUUCGAGGGCCGAAGAAAUAUUUUCUGACCUGACAGAUCUGGCAUUCAUGACGUACAUGAGAUCAAUGAGAGAGUACGACAUGGAGUUGUUCCAAGAUUUCAUGCAAACUACUUCCCGGUUUUUGAACUAUUGGGACCAUCUAAGAAAAAGCAAUCAAAUAGACGAGGAGCUCAAAAAGAAGUUCUAUAAGGUAGCCGAUUUCAGAUUCCAAGUAAUCAAGGUCAUCCAUCCGAAACAACCAGAUGUUUGGAUAAAGGCUUUGAAGUCUUUCUACAUCAUGCUCACACAUGCUGUGCGAGUACAGGGCAUGCAUUUAGAUGUGGGUGAAGACGAUAUGUUCGACCCUUCGGAGCCGACGACAGUUUACAAAAUGUUAGAAACCAUCGGCGAUUGCUAUCUCAAAGAAAAUUUCUAUUCUGAAGCUGCGAUCGCAAUUGAAGUGUGCAUGCUUCUGAUUUCCGGAGCGGUUCCAAUGAAAAAACUCAGAGAGAGAGCAGAAAACAUGAGGUUUUUUUUGGACUCCCGUCCUCCAUUGGGACGCAAGUACAACUGGAAUUUCAACGACGAAUAUAUUAUGAAAAUCUUUCUUGAGCUCACAACACAACAUCAAUCUGCGCUGACCAUUGAGGGAUAUGUUUCGAAUCACAAAAAUGGCUACAUGCAUAUGGAAUCAGAUAUUUUGAGUAACCGGGCGCAAGCCUUGUUCCGCAUGUGUCGCAUAGAUGAUGCAAGAGAGAGCUUGAGACUGUCUUUCCAUCUUUCAAGUCAAAUCAUCGCGAAUGGGAGCCCAGAACAGUGGGUAGCGGGAGAUUGGGCCAUAACAAAUCGACUGGUUGCAUUAGGGACAAUAGCCGACAUUUACCUUGCCGUGGGUGAUGUCCACCAAGCGAAGGCAAUAUACCAAGGUACAAGCUACAUUCUAUGUCGACUGACUUCGAUGCCAGCCCUUCCUGUAGAAGAACGCGAAACUUGUAUCAAGGAGCACGUCUUGCCCAAAGAUCCGUUCCUUGGUAAAUUCCCUGAGGAUAGGAAUGCAUACGAAGAGAUCACAGAAACAUUCCUGAAGGCUUACAGAGACAGAUAUCUCGGAUCGAAUUCCGAACUUCAAGUGUCGAAAGUUGCAUUCAACGCAAGUGGCCUAGCCCUUAUCACUUGUCUGGGCGAUGUUGAGCUUCGAUUAGAGAACUGGGGAAAAGCAUAUUCCUAUGGCGAGAUCGCUCUUGCUGCGGAUUCACAUAAGAGAAGUGCGUGCAAAGGAGCAUAUCUGUGCGGAUACUCGUCCAUGAUGCAAGGAGAUUAUCUGAAGGCAUUCGAAUUCUUCAAAUCUUGUCUCACUUAUUGCAAGAAUUUCGAUUUUGUUGGGAGCAAAUCAUAUCUGGUGGUGGCACUGGGUCAACUCGUUUCGUUGUAUCCCGUAAAAUUGUCCGAGCUCCUUGAAUUUGUGGAUGAAUUGAACAAAGGGGAUUGCUGGCUCUGCUACCGCCAUCUAUGCGAAGAACCGGAUCUGAAUGACCGUAUGAUCGUAGCGGCUGGAUUCAUUAAGAUGGGCAAUUUCAUAGCUGAAUUUUUGGCGGGAGAUGCACAUUGCCGUGCUUUCGCAGAACUGCAAUUAGGGCUGUUGCAAUGCUCUACAAAAUUUCACGAGUGCAAGCGAAUAGCUGCUGCUGGCUCAAAGGAGGCAUCUGGCGACUGUGAAAAAUGUGCAAUUGGUCUGGGUUUGAUGCACACUGCUGUAAAAACAGCAGUUCUUGCUGGAGACAGGAUUUGCGAGUUGAACGCAUGCGAGAGCUUGGCACGAUUCUAUCUUGAGGAGGGAGACAACGACAAUGCACAUAAACAUCUUGCCAGAUGUUCGCAGCUGGUUGAGGCGAUAGACCACAAGGAAGCCAGGGAAAGAAUCAAUCGGCUGCUUGCCUCGGCCCAGUGA